CAGUCUGUUUGCAUUCUGUAGUCGACAGUUAUCUUCUUCCUUCGCAACGAUUCGUACGUAUAUAUACACAGAUAGAUACAGGUUUCGAUAUUUCUACAGGCGCUCCGGUUUCAGUUUGCUUAACCGUCGGUGGGUUAACGCUUGUGAAUCUCUCGAAUUUGUUGAGACCAAUCGAACGAUCACCGUUUUUACGCUCGAUCGGAGAUGGAGGAAAUCACGGAAGGCAUGAAGGGCAUCGGCAUCGCCGCUGAAUCUCAGAAGAGGAAUCGAAUCCAAGUUUCGAACACGAAGAAGCCGCUCUUCUUCUACGUUAACCUCGCCAAGAGGUAUUUGCAGCAGCACAACGAGGUGGAGCUUUCCGCACUGGGAAUGGCUAUCUCCACAGUUGUUAGUAUUGCUGAAAUCUUGAAGAACAAUGGAUUUGCAAUUGAGAAGAAUAUUAGGACAUCCACUGUUGAAAUCAAGGAUGAAUCAAAAGGUCGAUCUAUCUCAAAAGCCAAAAUUGAGAUAGUGCUGGAGAAGUCGGAGAAAUUUGAUGAACUGAUGGCAGCUGCUGCGGAUGAGAGAUCAAGAAACAUCGAAGAAAAAGAUUGAGGCUUGUUUUCAAGGUGGCUGCAAAUUUAGUAACCAAGUAACUGAAUUUGAAAUUGUUUGACUCAAACAUACCUUUCUUUCAUGGAUUCUUUCUUAGAAUGUAAUAGUUCCGAAAUACCCAUAGAGGGAAUAUGAGCCAAAGCUUGGCUCAAACAUUGCUUCUUGCUAGAUUGCAUGCAUUUGGUUUUUCUUA